AGUUAGUUCAGACAGCAGCACGCAGUUGUCAGUUGCUGAUGAAAGUAGGGGAGCAUCUUGGCGAUUCUAGGAUACAUACUAGUCCGAAGUAACUCCAGAAAAUGGGGAACAACGGGAGCGCGAGUAACAGCAACAAAAGGGUAUCAUUUGGAUUGGAAGAAGAGGAGAGAGUUAGGGUGCUACAGGGUAUUAGGCUAUCUGGAGAUGUAGUAAAAAGAAUGAAGGAGACAACACAGUCCUCAGAAGAACAAAAGAUCCCCACCUCUGGUACUAGCCAUUCAAACCAGUAUAAAUGGGUCACCGGGUCUACUUUCUCAGGACACAAACAACAUCAGAACUAUGGUCCCCAUCAAAAAGCAUCAAAUAGUUAUGGUCAUAGGUCCUCUGAGGCUGAAGAUGAGAUAUAUCAAAGGUAUGAACUAGAGCAAUCAAUAAUUAAGGAGGAGCUGGAUCAGCUUGCCAAGAGAGACAAGGCAGCAGUUAGUGAAAGCAAGAUGCCGAGAGAAAAAGCAGCAGCCAAAGAAGAAAGGCAACAAACUUCACCUGCAGAUAUGGAUGCAUGGGUCAAGCUUUUGGAGAAGAAAGAAGAAGAACUGAAGCACCUUGAUGAUUUCUAUGAGCAACAGUUGUUACACAUUGAGAAGAAGAAUGUCGACUUGUAUAAGCUAACACUAGAACAGUUCCAUGAAGCUGCAGAUAAAGCUGAAAGCCAUAUAAAAAAAAGAAACUCUGACCCUCUCUGUAUGAGAUUGCAGAAUGAGAUCUCUCGUUGCUAUCAGAGAAAUAAGAGUGAGACUUUGAAGUGUGCAGAUCUGGCAAAGGACUACAUUCAAUGUGUUAAAGCUUCUCAGAAGGUUGCAUAUGACUGAUUUCUAGAAACUGCUAUCUAUCAGCUGACAAUGGUGAAAAGCUGAAUGAACUACAGCAAAAACAGUACCCAUUACAAAAAGUGCUACAAAAUUAGUUUGCAUACCUGACUGAUUCUGAAGAUUUAUUCCUUGGUAAAUUAGCAUUAACAAGAUUUAACAAGGAUAUUUACUUUACUCUGAAAUUUUCUUUGUUUUGUUAUUUUCAUUAACUUGCAUAUAUUUUAUUUGUUUGGUGUUUCUGAUUUAUUUCUAAGUAGUGUGCUUCAGCUUCAUGUUUAAUAAAUAUUUGACAAUGGCAAA